AACAAACAACAACAGUGGAAGCAACCACAGCUACAAGUAUACCAUCAACUACAACAGCUACAACAGAAAUGACCAGUACUGUUGUAUCCACAACACAGUCUGUAACAACAGAUGAAACAACUGCAUCAACAACAAUGGUAGCCCCAACCACUACAAAUCAGGAACCAAGUACUACAGAGGAAACAACCACAUCUACAACUAUACAGACAACAGCACAAACAGCAGAACUAACCACUACCACAGAAUCAAUUACACAGGCUACAACAAGCACAGGACCAAUGAUAGUAGAAACUACUGCAUCUACAGCUACUUCAGCUCCAACCAAUACAAUUCAGGAACCUACAACUACAACACUACCUACAGCACCAACAACAGAACAAACAACUGCAUCUACAACAACUGUAGCCUCAACCACUACAACUCAGGAACAAACAACAACAGUGGAAACAACCACAGCUACAAGUAUACCAUCAACUACAACACCUACAACAGAACAAUCAAGUACACAGGCUACAACAAGCACAGGACCAAUAACAGUAGAAACAACUGCAUCUACAACUACUCAAGUUUCAACCACUACAACCGAGGAAGCAAGGACUACAGAGGAAACAACCACAGCUACAAGUACACCAUCAACUACAACACCUACAACAGAACAAUCAACUAUACAGGCUACAACAAGCACAGGACCAAUAACAGUAGAAACUACUGCAUCUACAGCUACUUCAGCUCCAACCAGUACACUUCAGGAACCUACAACUACAACAGUACAUACAGCACCACCAACAGAACUGGCCACUAGCACUAUAUCCACAACAGAGGCUACAACAAGCACACAGCCAACAACUGAAGAAACAACUACAUCCACAACAACUGUAGCCCCAACCACUACAACUCAGGAACAAACAACAACAGUGGAAACAACCACAGCUACAAGUAUACCAUCAACUACAACACCUACAACAGAAAUGACCAGUACUAUUGUAUCCACAACACAGUCUCUAACAACAGAUGAAACAACUGCAUCAACAACAAUGGUAGCGCCAACCACUACAAAUCAGGAACCAAGUACUACAGAGGAAACAACUACAUCUACAACUAUACAGACAACAGCACAAACAGCAGAACUAACCACUACCACAGAAUCAACUACACAGGCUACAACAAGCACAGGACCAAUGAUAGUAGAAACUACUGCAUCUACAGCUACUUCAGCUCCAACCAAUACAAUUCAGGAACCUACAACUACAACACUACCUACAGCACCAACAACAGAACUGACCACUAGCACUCUAUCCACAACAGAAGCUACAACAACCACACAGCCAACAACUGAACAAACAACUGCAUCUACAACAACUGUAGCCUCAACCACUACAACUCAGGAACAAACAACAACAGUGGAAACAACCACAGCUACAAGUAUACCAUCAUCUACAACACCAACAACAGAACAAUCAACUAUACAGGCUACAACAAGCACAGGACCAAUAACAGUAGAAACAACUGCAUCUACAGCUACUUCAGCUCCAACCAGUACACUUCAGGAACCUACAACUACAACAGUACAUACAGCAUCACCAACAGAACUGGCCACUAGCACUAUAUCCACAACAGAGGCUACAACAAGCACACAGCCAACAACUGAAGAAACAACUACAUCCACAACAACUGUAGCCCCAACCACUACAACUCAGGAACAAACAACAACAGUGGAAACAACCACAGCUACAAGUAUACCAUCAACUACAACAGCUACAACAGAAAUGACCAGUACUGUUGUAUCCACAACACAGUCUGUAACAACAGAUGAAACAACUGCAUCAACAACAAUGGUAGCCCCAACCACUACAAAUCAGGAACCAAGUACUACAGAGGAAACAACCACAUCUACAACUAUACAGACAACAGCACAAACAGCAGAACUAACCACUUCCACAGUAUCAGCUACAAUGGCUACAACAAGCAAAGUACCAACGACAGUAGAAACAACUGCAUCUACAGCUACUUCAGCUCCAACCAAUACAAUUCAGGAACCUACAACUACAACACUACCUACAGCACCAACAACAGAACUGACCACUAGCACUCUAUCCACAACAGAAGCUACAACAAGCACACAGCCAACAACUGAACAAACAACUGCAUCUACAACAACUGUAGCCUCAACCACUACAACUCAGGAACAAACAACAACAGUGGAAACAACCACAGCUACAAGUAUACCAUCAACUACAACACCUACAACAGAACAAUCAAGUACACAGGCUACAACAACCACAGGACCAAUAACAGUAGAAACAACUGCAUCUACAACUACUCCAGUUUCAACCACUACAACCGAGGAAGCAAGGACUAUAGAGGAAACAACCACAGCUACAAGUAUACCAUCAACUACAACAACUACACAGGCAACAACAAGCACAGGACAAACAGUAGAAACAACUGCAUCUACAACAACUCCAGUUUCAACCACUAUAACUGAAGAAGCAACAACUAUAGAGGAAAUAACCACAACUAGAACUACAACUGAAACUGCAGCAGCAACAAUAAAAUUUACCACUUCCACAGUAUCAGCUACAAUGGCUACAACAAGCAAAGUACCAACGACAGUAGAAACAACUGCAUCUACAGUUACUUCAGCUCCAACCAGUACAAUUCAGGAACCUACAACUACAACACUACCUACAGCACCAACAACAGAACUGACCACUAGCACUCUAUCCACAACAGAGGCUACAACAAGCACACAGCCAACAACUGAAGAAACAACUACAUCCACAACAACUGUAGCCCCAACCACUACAACUCAGGAACAAACAACAACAGUGGAAACAACCACAGCUACAAGUAUACCAUCAACUACAACAGCUACAACAGAAAUGACCAGUACUGUUGUAUCCACAACACAGUCUGUAACAACAGAUGAAACAACUGCAUCAACAACAAUGGUAACCCCAACCACUACAAAUCAGGAACCAAGUACUACAGAGGAAACAACCACAUCUACAACUAUACAGACAACAGCACAAACAGCAGAACUAACCACUAUAGUAGAAACUACUGCAUCUACAGCUACAUCAGCUCCAACCAAUACAAUUCAGGAACCUACAACUACAACACUACCUACAGCACCAACAACAGAACUGGCCACUAGCACUCUAUCCACAACAGAAGCUACAACAAGCACACAGCCAACAACUGAACAAACAACUGCAUCUACAACAACUGUAGCCCCAACCACUACAACACAGGAAGAAACAACAACAGUGGAAACAACCACAGCUACAAGUAUACCAUCAACUACAACAACUACACAGGCAACAACAAGCACAGGACAAACAGUAGAAACAACUGCAUCUACAACAACUCCAGUUUCAACCACUAUAACUGAAGAAGCAACAACUAUAGAGGAAACAACCACAACUAGAACUACAACUGAAACUGCAGCAGCAACAAUAAAAUUUACCACUUCCACAGUAUCAGCUACAAUGGCUACAACAAGCAAAAUACCAACGACAGUAGAAACAACUGCAUCUACAGCUACUUCAGCUCCAACCAGUACAAUUCAGGAACCUACAACUACAACACUACCUACAGCACCAACAACAGAACUGACCACUAGCACUCUAUCCACAACAGAGACUACAACAAGCACACAGCCAACAACUGAACAAACAACUGCAUCUACAACAACUGUAGCCUCAACCACUACAACUCAGGAACAAACAACAACAGUGGAAACAACCACAGCUACAAGUAUACCAUCCACUACAACACCUACAACAGAACUGACCAGUACUAUUGUGUCCACAACACAGGCUGCAACAACAGAUGAAACAACUGCAUCUUCAACAACUGUAGGCCCAACCACUACAACCCAGGAACCAAGUACUACAGAGGAAAGAACCACAGCUACAAGUGUACUGACAACAGGACAAACAACAGAACUAUCAACUACACAGGCUACAGCAAGCACAGAACCAACGACAGUAGAAACUAUGGCAUCUACAGCUACUUCAGCUCCAACCAGUACAAUUCAGGAACCAAUGAUUACAACACUACCUACAGAACCAACAACAGAACUGACCACUAGCACUAUAUCCACAAGAGAGGCUACAACAAGCACACAGCCAACAACAGAAGAAACAUCUACCUCUACGACAACUGUAGCCCCAACCACUACAACUCAGGAACAAACAACAACAGUGGAAAUAACCACAGCUACGAGUAUAUCAUCAACUACAACACCUUCAACAGAACUGACCACUAGCACUAUAUCCACAACAGAGGCUACAACAAAAACGCAGCCAACAACAGAAGAAACAUCUACCUCUACGACAACUGUAGCCCCAACCACUACAACUGAGGAACCAACAACUACAGAGGAAACAACCACAGGUACAACUGUACUGACAACAACACCAACAACAGGACUGGCCACUAGCAGAGUAUCAACUAUAAAGGCUACAACAAGCACAGGACCAACAACAGUAGAAACAACUGUAACUACUUCUCCAGCUCCAAGCACUACAACAGAGGAAGCAACAACUACAGAGAAAACAACCACAGCUACAACUACAACAUUAACUACAGCAGCAACAACAGAACUGACAUCUACCACAGUAACAACCACAAAGGCUACAACAAGCAGAGGACCAACGACAGUAGAUGCUACUGGAUCUACAACUACUCCAGCUCAAAGCACUACAACUGAGGAAGCAACAACUACAGAGGAAACAACCACAGCUACAAAUGUACUAACUACAGCACCAAUAACAGAACUAUCAACUACACAGGCUACAACAAGCAUAGGACCAAUAACAGUAGAAGCUAUUGCAUCUACAACUACUCCAGCUCAAAGCAAUACAACUGAGGAAGCAACAACUACAGAAGAAACAACCACAGCGUCAACUGUACUGACAACAGAACCAACAACAGCAUCUACAACAACUGUAGCCCCAACUAGUACAACUCAGGAGCCCAUUACUACAGAGGAAACUACUACAAAGCAAACAUCAACCACAUAUACAACUGUACCAUCAACUGCAACAGAAGUACCACAUAGCACUGUAAUUUUACCACAGGCUACAACAAGCACAGCACCAACUAAUCUAUCUCCAACCACUACAAUUGAGAAACCAUUAACUACAAAAGAAACAACCACAGAUACAACUAUAACUCUGACUACAACAACAGCAGAACUGAGCACUACCACUGUAUCCACAACACAGGCUACAACAAGCACAGGACAUACAACUACUCCAGCUGCAAGAAGUACAAUUGAAUUAAUUGCAACUACAGAAGAAACAGUCACAGCUGCAACUGUAAUAACAACAGGAACAGCCAAUAUUAGUCUAUCCACAACUCAGGCUACAGCAACUACAAAACCAACAGCAGAAACAACUGGACCUACAACUAAUCAAGUUACGAGCAGUAUAAAAAAUAAAGCAUCAACAGCAAUCACAGUACCAACAAGUGCAGAAACAAUUACUCCUGCAAGGAGUACAGCUUUAAUUACUACAGUUGAAGCAUCAAUAUCUACAGAGGAAAGUCCAACUACAUCACCCAGAACUGCACAAACAAUAACAACUACUACUGAGUUCACAACACAGACUAUACCUUCUACAGCAACACCUUCAUUAAUACCUGGUUCAGCUGUGGUCCAGACCAGGAUGGUCUUCAAUUCCUCCUCUCCUGUUCCCAGUGAGAGUUUGGUCCUCAGGGCGAUCCAGACUCUUCUCAGUGCUCGACUCACAAACCUCUCUGACUCUGUAAAAGUGCUGAACUUCACCUACGAGAAAAUUUCAGACACCUCCUAUGCAGUCAACUUCACACUGAGCAUCAGUAACAUCAGUGUGUCUAAGAACCCUGACCUCAGGAACGACACCUACACCCAAGUGGAGAACAUCAUCAAUAACGCUCUAAACACGCUUCUAAAUGACGCUGGUGCAGAACCAUUCGAACCCCAGAGCUCUUUCUUCACGAGUUCAGGAAACCAGGUUAACGGUGACAUGGAGUACUACUUCCAAGAUGGAGACACCAAAACACCAGCAGCCUUCCUGGAUGAGCUAACACCUGUAUCUGGUUCAGCUGUGGUUCAGACCAGGAUGGUCUUCAAUUCUUCCUCUCCUGUUCCCAGUGAGAGUUUGGUCCUCAGUGCGAUCCAGACUCUUCUCAGUGCUCGACUCACAAACCUCUCUGACUCUGUAAAAGUGCUGAACUUCACCUACGAGAAAAUUUCAGACACGUCCUAUGCAGUAAACGUCACAUUGAGCAUCAGCAACAUCAGCAUGUCUAAGAACCCUGACCUCAGGAAUGACACCUACACCCAAAUGGAGAACAUCAUCAAUAAUGCUCUAAACACGCUUCUAAAUGACGCUGGUGCAGAACCAUUCGAACCCCAGAGCUCUUUCUUCACGAGUUCAGGAAACCAGGUUAAUGGUGAUAUGGAUUACUACUUCCAAGAUGGAGCCACCAAAACACCAGCAGCCUUCCUGAAUGAGCUAACACCUGUAUCUGGUUCAGCUGUGGUUCAGACCAGGAUGGUCUUCAAUUCCUCCUCUCCUGUUCCCAGUGAGAGUUUGGUCCUCAGUGCGAUCCAGACUCUUCUCAGUGCUCGACUCACAAACCUCUCUGACUCUGUAAAAGUGCUGAACUUCACCUACGAGAAAAUUUCAGACACCUCCUAUGCAGUCAACUUCACAUUGAGCAUCAGCAACAUCAGCAUGUCUAAGAACCCUGACCUCAGGAACGACACCUACACCCAAGUGGAGAACAUCAUCAAUAACGCUCUAAACACACUUCUAAAUGAACCUGGUGCAGAACCAUUAGAACCCCAGAGCUCUUUCUUCACGAGCUCAGGAAACCAGGUUAAUGGUGAUAUGGAGUACUACUUCCAAGAUGGAGCCACCAAAACACCAGCAGCCUUCUUGAAUGAGCUAACACCUGUAUCUGGUUCAGCUGUGGUUCAGACCAGGAUGGUCUUCAAUUCUUCCUCUCCUGUUCCAAGUGAGAGUUUGGUCCUCAGUGCGAUCCAGACUCUUCUCAGUGCUCGACUCACAAACCUCUCUGACCCUGUAAAAGUGCUGAACUUCACCUACAAGAAAAUUUCAGACACCUCCUAUGCAGUCAACUUCACAUUCAGCAUCAGUAACAUCAGCAUGUCUAAGAACCCUGACCUCAGGAACGACACCUACACGCAAGUGGAGAACAUCAUCAAUAACGCUCUAAACACACUUCUAAAUGACGCUGCUGUAGAACCAUUCAAACCCCAGAGCUCUUUCUUCACGAGUUCAGGAAACCAGGUUAAUGGUGAUAUGGAGUACUACUUCCAAGAUGGAGACACCAAAACACCAGCAGCCUUCCUGAAUGAGCUAACACCUGUAUCUGGUUCAGCUGUGGUUCAGACCAGGAUGGUCUUCAAUUCCUCCUCUCCUGUUCCCAGUGAGAGUUUGGUCCUCAGUGCGAUCCAGACUCUUCUCAGUGCUCGACUCACAAACCUCUCUGACUCUGUAAAAGUGCUGAACUUCACGUACGAGAAAAUUUCAGACACCUCCUAUGCAGUCAACUUCACAUUGAGCAUCAGCAACAUCAGCAUGUCUAAGAACCCUGACCUCAGGAACGACACCUACACCCAAGUGGAGAACAUCAUCAAUAACGCUCUAAACACACUUCUAAAUGAACCUGGUGCAGAACCAUUAGAACCCCAGAGCUCUUUCUUCACGAGCUCAGGAAACCAGGUUAAUGGUGAUAUGGAGUACUACUUCCAAGAUGGAGCCACCAAAACACCAGCAGCCUUCUUGAAUGAGCUAACACCUGUAUCUGGUUCAGCUGUGGUUCAGACCAGGAUGGUCUUCAAUUCUUCCUCUCCUGUUCCAAGUGAGAGUUUGGUCCUCAGUGCGAUCCAGACUCUUCUCAGUGCUCGACUCACAAACCUCUCUGACCCUGUAAAAGUGCUGAACUUCACCUACAAGAAAAUUUCAGACACCUCCUAUGCAGUCAACUUCACAUUCAGCAUCAGUAACAUCAGCAUGUCUAAGAACCCUGACCUCAGGAACGACACCUACACGCAAGUGGAGAACAUCAUCAAUAACGCUCUAAACACACUUCUAAAUGACGCUGCUGUAGAACCAUUCAAACCCCAGAGCUCUUUCUUCACGAGUUCAGGAAACCAGGUUAAUGGUGAUAUGGAGUACUACUUCCAAGAUGGAGCCACCAAAACACCAGCAGCCUUCUUGAAUGAGCUAACACCUGUAUCUGGUUCAGCUGUGGUUCAGACCAGGAUGGUCUUCAAUUCUUCCUCUCCUGUUCCCAGUGAGAGUUUGGUCCUCAGUGCGAUCCAGACUCUUCUCAGUGCUCGACUCACAAACCUCUCUGACCCUGUAAAAGUGCUGAACUUCACCUACAAGAAAAUUUCAGACACCUCCUAUGCAGUCAACUUCACAUUCAGCAUCAGUAACAUCAGCAUGUCUAAGAACCCUGACCUCAGGAACGACACCUACACGCAAGUGGAGAACAUCAUCAAUAACGCUCUAAACACACUUCUAAAUGACGCUGCUGUAGAACCAUUCAAACCCCAGAGCUCUUUCUUCACGAGUUCAGGAAACCAGGUUAAUGGUGAUAUGGAGUACUACUUCCAAGAUAGAGACACCAAAACACCAGCAGCCUUCCUGGAUGACCUUAAACCUGUAUUGGGGAAUGCCCUGAUACGUAUUCGUCUAGUUUUUAAGAACUUGACCAGAGUACCUAGUGAGGCUGAUGUUCUCAAUGCUGCUAAUGCUCUGCUGGACCCAAAGAUCAGAAGAGCACGAGCUAUUGAUACACAAACACUGAGUGAUCCUGUGAGCAUACAGAAUGUCAUCUAUGAGAAAAUUGGCAACAACUCCUACAUUAUAAGCUUUGCAUUUAAAGUUAGCAAUGUGACCAUCUCCAAGGACCUUCAGCUGAGGAACGCAACAUAUGAUUUAAUACAAAACACCAUCAACAGCCUGCUGAACACUAUUCUGAAUGUGAAAGAUGCUCCUGCAUUUGUAUUUCCACAAGCAAACUACACGUUUAAUGGUACAGCAAUUGAGGCUAAUUCCGAAUACAUCUUCGUGGAAGGUGAAACCAAGUGGACACCAAGUGGAUUUCUUUCUGCAAUACUCAACAUUAGUGGUUUGUCGACCUUCACCACUCCUGCUGCUCAAACCAAUCCCCCUGUCCUGAGGCCCACAGUGCAAGCACACAGCAACACCACCACCACUGGAGGAAAUUCUGCAUGGAUCCUGGGAAUCAUUAUCCCCUGCAGUAUAGUCAUUAUUCUCAUACCAUGCUGGAUUCUACUCUGUUGUCUGCUGUGUGGCUGCUGUGCUGGUUUAAGGAGACGCUACAACAGAAGACGGUCCUACAAUGUCCAAUACACAACACGAAAUGGACUCUUUUAAAAACAGUUAGAGGAUAAAAUAAUUUCACAAAAAUAUUAUUUAUAACUAUUAGACUCUAUUUUAUUAAAUAGUUUAUUUUUUAAAUCUGUUUCAUUAUGUAGUUUAUUUUUCAUUUGUUUACCUAUUUAAUUAUUUCAUCCAUUUAAUUCUAUUUUAUUUACUCUGUACAUAAUUUUAUUUCAACUAUGUACAUAAAAAUUACGCUACAUAUGGUGUAUUAAAGUGACUUAUUAAACAGGAUCAUGUAUAUAUUCUGUCCAAACUAAUUUUCAGUUAUGUUGUAAUUUAAUUUAUUCAUUAACUUAACUUAUUUAUUAAAGCUAUUUAUAAUAA